AUGUCGCUUUUGUCGGAAACCCUUGAAGAUGCAUGGAUACAUUCCUCUGCCAUUAUAGACUGCGUCCGUCUUGAAACAACUGCAACUAUCCAGUGUCAAACAGAUCAAGGGCUUCUCAAAAAAGUGAUUGAAAUUCGAGGGCAAAUAGAUGAAAACAAACCUAGUAGAAUCAAAAACAUUGAAGUGAACGAUGUCAAUUAUUGUAUUAUACCGGAAAAAUGGCACCCUGACUUUGACACAAUUGAAGAGGCCGAGCUAUUUGUGCAAGAUGAGUUUGGAAAUAUGUGCUUGUCUUUUCUGACACGCCGUUUUGGCGCCAUGAAGAAUAUAACUAUUCUCAUGGAAGCUAUCAUCACUUGCCAGAGCGGUCACAAAUUCAAAAUGAAAUUUAACAGCGGCUUCUUCUUUGCCUCCUUGACUACUGGGAUAGUUGACAGCGGGCACGGACUGUUUGAGAGGAACCGGAGACGGAUGAUGGGCGAGGAAACUAGCAGGACUAUGACGAUGACAUGGCAGCCCAAUAGUGUGUAUAUUGAAUCACAAUGGAAGUGGCUCUACUCGGAUAAUAUCACAACACAUGCCGUUGUAAUAGAACUCCAAAAACAAGAAAAUGCAAAUAUUAUUCUGGAUCACUUUGAAGGGAGAAGGUAUCGUAAAAAUGAAGGAGGAGCCAUUCGAGUCGAAAAGUAUUUCCUCUUCCCAGAACUAGAAAAAUACUACGAGCACAAAAUCAAUCUGCUGGACUGUCCUUCAGGCUCAGCUCAGGUUAUAGAUCUGGUCCGCGAGCACGGCUUUGAAUUGAUAUGUACAUCAAAGUCCACAAAAACUAUUUCUGCUUUUACGUGUGGCACGACAGGUUUCCAACGGAUUGGUUUCUUUGUGGAAAGCUUGAGCCCAUUAACUCUCUUCUCCUCACUCCAAAUACCUCGACAACUGGGUCUCCAUCUUCUGUCACCUCUCUCUGACAUUUUCUUUUAA